UAAAGUCGUUAUGUAGAAUAGGUUUUUGGUUUUUUAUUUAUUUUUAUUUUUAUUUUUUUACAAAUAGUAUACUUUCCAUGUUUUACUGCCCAUCUACAGUUGAUAUACCACCAAAGUGCAAGAGUUAACAAGAUAUGGAAUUACGGCGAGGAUUUGUUUCGAAUAUUUUGCCUUUGCUUUUCUGGAUUCAUAUAUCGCCACUGUUAUGCCGGAGAAAGGAUUGCAAUGGACCGUUGAAUUUAUCAUAAUGUAGCUGACACAAAACGUCGAAAAUCAAGAUGAUACAGGUGUUAAUGCAAGAGAGCGGGCGAGCACAACACUGUCAUCAUGGAGCGUAAACCGUUUCUCUAUUUUCGCCAGGCACGUUUAAAGAAACUGACUGCAUAGUCGAUGUCUAAGCACAUCGUAGUGCGAUAAUUGUAUUUUACUUUAUAUUAUUAUUAUUGUUAUUGUUAUUAUUAUUAUAGAAUACAUUAUUUUAUUUGCCGAAUUGACUGGUCAAUGGUGUGGGAAAACUUCAUAGCACCUGUUGUGAUCUCACGGGAGCGCGAUGGAAGUUGUAGACGCCAGCCAGUACCUCGGAGAUCUAUCAGGAGAGAGCAGGACGUCUAGCGAUCUUCAACCACGGAGGUCUCCGGACCACCUCACUGGGGAGGACGGCCCGGAAUGGGAGCUUGUAGACGUAGUCCUCACCGGAGGAGCUCCCUGGGGUUUUAGUCUGAGAGGAGGACUGGAGCACCAAGAGCCACUGCUCAUUACAAAGGUAGAAGAGGGAAGCCGAGCAGCAUCCGCCCAUCUCCAGGUGGAAGAUGAGAUUGUCAGUAUUAAUGGCGUUCCUCUAAGUGGCUACAGAAAAGAGGCCAUUUGCCUAGUGAAGAGCUCAUCCAAAAGCCUGACCCUGGAGAUCAAACGGAGGAAUGAACCUUCAUGCAGACCUGAAUCCUGGCACUCUGCGAAAGUCUCUGAAAAUACCUUGGAACUGCCACAUACCGAAGCCACUCCUGUGCUUGGACCUGCUGGACAGACAGCAUGUGAUGCAGGUUCGCCUUCAGAUGACUUCAAAAGCUGUUUGGUCCAGACAGACCUGCAACACGCAUCCUGCCAGUUCAGUUCAGUGGCAAAUAUAGAACGAACGAAGCAAUCCACUAACAAGGCCCAGAGUGGAGCAGGCCAUUCAGUGGCUGGGAGGAGUGUCCACAAACACAAAUCUGCAUUUAACUCCUUUUCCUGUGGUACAGCUGAUCAGAGCAACAGCCCCUCAUCAGAAUACAUGUUUUAUCAGGGCAGCCUUAGUGAAAGCCACAGGAACUCACAGGUUCCUGUGAGCAAUGGAGGUGGAGCCAGUGCUAGGUUAGAGGAGCAGACUGGCUCCAGAUGCUCCUCCUCUGGGAGGAUGAACCUUAACCCUGUGUGGUACAUUCCUGAUAAAUCUUCAGCUGCCUCCUCACCAUCCCCACCUACACCGUCACGCAGUGACAACUUCACAGCAGCUCAGGUUUAUGAAAAGGGAUCAGCCGUCCCCUAUUCACAAGGCCCUCCAUCAUGUUCUUCACAGAAGACUCACAGUAGAGUUACUGACAGGCGGUUUGAUGACUACCAUGUCAGUGAAAGUGGACCCGAAUCGCGACGUGCCUACGACACACUCUCUAGGAAAGAUUUUCUCCAUAUACACCUUCCUGCUGAAGACUACAAUCCAAAUCGGCUCAAAACAAAAAAGUCCUUAUCCUCAUCGACCACUGACGUGAGACAAUUACAAAAUCCCUUUACCUGUCAUCCUCAACAUCAGCGGCAGCACAGCGAUGAGGUUUCCUUCUACCUUCAACCCAUGAAUGCAUGUGCACCCAAAACACAGAUCGUUGGCAGUUAUUACAGUACUCUACAGAGUCUACCCAGUAAUGCAGGAGUACAUUAUCAGGCCAGGAGCUUCACUGCAUCUCAGGCCAGUGCAGGCCAAGAGCACAACCCUGAUGAACUGGCGCAUUUACGUUACUGUUGCAUCACUGCCCAACAGCCAACACUCUUGAUAUCACAGGCAAAGGUGGUGGAAGAACCGAGGCCAGAGUCUGACACUUCAAAGGAUGGCAGUGGUCAGAAACCAGAAAAGUCUCAAAGGGCCAUAAAGUAUAAAUAUCCUCCACCUUACAUACAGGCAUCUGAGAUCAAUAGCGGUAAUGAGCACUUCAAACAGACAGUCAUCUUAUGUCCCGCAGAAGGUACUUCACCAGGACCUAGUCCUGCAAUGGUGAAGUCCAACUCCAAUGAGACAGAGAAGGAAAAUCCAUGGAGGAAAGAUAGAGGAAUUGAUGAGAACCAGCACAGCAAGAAUAUACUGUACCAACAGACAGAGCAGAGAAAUCUUCCCACAAUAGCACAUGGAGAUACCCUCAGGAAUCCUUGCAUCUCCAGGGAUCAACAUAAGAUAUGCCCAGAAAAGACCCCAUUGUUGCACUUUUUAGCACAGGAGAGCCAUAUUCUGGCUAACAGUACCAUGGCAUCAACCAAUGAAGUCACACAGCAAGAAACAUCUGAUCCUUCCAGUGGCAAGCAGGGAAGGCGCAGUGACCGGUAUGCGACCUCAUUACGUAAUGAGGUCCAAGAGAAGAGAGCUCAGCUUCAGAAGAGCCGGAGUGUAGCAUCUUUGAGUUGUAUUGGUGAAAGUGAGGACGCUGACGUUUGGAAGUCCACCGAGACCUCUACAUCCUCAUCAGAUGGCUCUUUUACAAACACCUAUAAGGACCAUCUGAAAGAGGCCCAAGCCAGGGUUCUACAGGCCACAUCAUUUAAGAGGAGAGACCUGGAAAUUCCUAGGAGUGAAUCAUCCAUAAAAAUGGGUUCUACUAAUAGUCAAGUCCCUCGCAUUGGAAGCCGAAAGCGUUUCCCCAUGGACAAGAGAGUGCAUUCCUUCUCAGAGCCUGAGAAGAUUAAUGAGGUGGGAGUGAAGGUGAAAACUUCACACCACAUGGCUGGUGGCUCUUUUGAAGAUAAAUGUAAGUUCUUUGAAGGAGCUUCUAGGCUAGCCUUCUCCAGGCCUGUCCUGAAGAAGUUCCCUCUCAGUAUCACUGAAGACAUCAGUAGAGGAAAAUAUAAGUUAAUGUCCUUUGUAGGGGAAAAGAAUAGAAAGUCUAAAGAGAGCCAUGGGAGUAGAGGUAUCACUGCAGGAGAGGAGAAACAGCGUCUGGGCACUUUUGCAGAAUAUGAGGCAACAUGGAACUUGCAGAGGAAGUUAACAGAUGGAAAAAUAUCUAGCAGGUACCGUUCAGCAGAGAAUAUUCUGGAUGCAGAUUUGGAGGAACGCAUCAGUUUAGUUUGCAUCCAUGAAAGGUCCAAAUCUUCUCCCUCAACUGACUACCAAGAGGAUAAAAUCAAUACGCCAGCGCAGAAGUCUGGGGAAGAGUCACAUCCAAAAUGCAAGCGAGACCAGGAGAUUUAUAUUGGCAGUACAUCUAACAGGAGACACAGUGAUGUCAACAUCUUUGAGCCUCUGGAGUUAAACACAGUCAGGGAUCUGGAGCACAGAAACAUCACGGCACAUCUCCUCUCCGUCCACACCACCAGAGUGGCCAUUCUGCCACCUCGAUACCCUCACCACCACUGUCUGCAAGGCCCAGUGUUUGAGCAACUGCUUCCAUCCGAAAACAAUGGCCCUGCGCCGCAAAAGCCUGCCCAGCCCAGGGAGUACAGCUCCACACGGCCAGAAGCCACAUGCCCAUCAAACCCCCUGAAAGCCCUCCCAAAUCAGGCUCACUCCCAGAAUAAAGACUCACAUUCUCUGCGAGCUCCCGGGAAUGGUUGCAGGUCAGAAACUGAACACGAUCUCUCUGCUGUGCUUCCUCAAGUAACUCCACAAUUUUCUUCCCCUCAUUGGAGUGCAGAAGUGAGCAUACCUUCAGCAUAUGCGUCCUCUUCGUCUUCACCCCGGGAUGAUCUUCAGAGAAACAUGGUGGAGAAUAAAUCACAGCCCAGCUCUGUUGUGAAGAAAGCUCAGAUAUGUGAUGUUCAAGCAAAAAGUAGGCAUUAUCUGGUGCAUGGGGAAUUGCCUGGAGGCCCUGAUGAGACAUCUGUCCACCAGGUUAGCCUACCGUGCUCUCCAAGGCAGUCCCACUUGCUGUCCUGUGCCAGCCCUCACCAGAGCCCACAGAAUGGUUCCAACUCCAGUUCUUCAGAUGCCCAAACUCCUGUUGGAACACCAGCAGACAAUGCAGAGAUGAUGAAGACAAGUUCAGUUCCCCCUGAGCUCUCUGAAGAGGAUGAGAAGAGAGACGAACUAGCCAGGGACAUCAUGGUAAGAGAUAAGAGACUGGUGGAUAUUUUGGAUCAGAGGAAGAUGAAGACCACCAUGGACAUGAUGGAGGGGAUCUACCCAGAUGGAAAACACCUACUGGAGGGUGCACAGCAAAGGCGAAAGACUUCAACAAAGCAGACUGUCAGAACUACCCAGGAGAGAAGAGUGGACAACAGAAUAGCCACCCCAGUUUCCCUGGUUACAAGCUCCUCCUACUACAGCACUUCAGCACCCAAAGCAGAGCUCCUGAUUAAGAUGAAGGACAUGCAGGAACAGAUGAAGGAACAGGACUGUGAAGAUGAACUCGACUUAUCAAAGAAGAAGCAGGAGCUGAUGGACAGCCUGGCCCGGAAGCUGCAGGUCCUGCGUGAGGCACGGGAGAGCCUUCAGGAGGACAUGCGGGACAACGAUGCCCUGGGUGAGGAGGUGGAAGCCACGGUGCGGGCCGUAUGCAAGCCCAAUGAGUUGGACAAGUUCUGCAUGUUUGUCGGCGACUUGGACAAAGUAGUCAGCCUGCUACUGUCACUAUCCGGCAGGCUGGCACGUGUGGAGAACGCCCUCAACAACCUUGAAGAGGGUGCCUCAGCCGAGGAGAAGCACACACUGACAGAGAAACGCAAGCUGCUGAUUCGCCAGCAUGAAGACGCCAAGGAGCUGAAGGAGAACCUGGACAGGAGGGAGCGCCUGGUCCACACCAUCCUGGCUGGCUACCUGAGCAAGGAGCACCUGGCGGACUACCAGCACUUUGUCAAGAUGAAGGCGGCGCUGAUCAUUGAGCAGCGCAUGCUCGAGGACAGGAUCAAGCUGGGCGAUGAGCAGCUCAAGUGUCUGAAGGACAGCCUGCCCCUGGACCAGAGACUACACCUCUGAGCUCCAUGGCUUCACCUUAACCCGAGCCGAGAAGGGGCUAAUUGGCCCCGGGGGGUUAAGAUAAAACCAUGGUCUUCCUUGGAUUUCCCGAGUCAUGUAUGAUGAACAGUCAUCCGGUGUAUCAGUGUGCAGUAAAGCCGGGCCAUGCUUAGUUCCAAACUCACAUUGCAUGUCCAGACAUCUUGCACAAUUAGCAGUAAAUGCUGUACUCUCAUUGGCUGUUGCAAUGGCCAGUCACAGGAAUGUUUAUACCCGUUAAUCUCAUCCCAGUUGGCGUUGGUAUGUUUUCUCAUUGUAACAUUAUAGAACUAAAUGCCUCUAAGUGUAACUCCUGGUCAUUUAGUCUUAUUAGAUAAAGGUCACUUGUCAUGAAACAAAGUGACCAGCUGACUCUCGGCUGACCCAAAAGACUUCGUGGUACCUGGUUCUGUCUGUAAUCAGUCAUGACAGAAACAAAAGGGAAUAAGUGGAUUUGCUGAAUCAACUCUUAACAAAAGUAAAAUUUGUAUUUAUAUUUAAUACUAAGUCUUAUUCAUAAUGUCUGAGGUACUUCAUCCUGAUUCAAUAUUCUGAAUGAAUUCCUAAACGCAGUUGUUUUGUGUUUAGAUGUGAAAAUCAAAGGGCUGGUAUUGGUGAAUUUGUUUUAGUUUGUGUAGUUAUUAUUGACAUCAAAUAUUCUAUAUAUGGAAUUUUAUGGAAUGUAUUAUUUAAUCACUUCUCUUUCAAAAACCUUUCCUACCAGGGAUGGUGCAUUUUAAAACUUGUGUAUGUAUGAAUUUUAUUAAUUUAUUUGUAUGUGGAGAAUGACCUGAAUGGAGUGAUGAGGCUUCAUUUUAACAUACGUUUAUGUUAUUAUACAUUCAAAAAAGACAUUUCUAUGACAUCACGAUAUAUGCUGGAUAUCAUAUAUUACCUUUUUGCAGCUAACAUGCCCAGCCCGGACCAGUCUAAUAAUUCUAGAAUUUCUUCAGUGUCCUGGAGCAAUGACCCCAUUUUAAAGGCUCAGGGUGUCUGCAGACACAGAGAAAUAACCUGAGCUCCAAAAGCCCAGCCUUCCUCUAUUGGUGAGUGUGAGAAUGACGUAGAGAGAAAUACACUGUACUCCUGAACAUGCAGGGUGCUUCUACCACUGUGACAGCAUUAAAUGGGUGAUGAGGUGAAACAA